CCGACAGAUGUCGCAGAAUAGUUUGGUCAGGUGACUAAUUCGCGCCAAAGUUAAUAGUACAUAAUGUCUAAUGUUAACAUGGAUACAGAUAAUGACUCAUUUUCACUAGCAAAAUCACGUUCUAAACGUCAGCGUCUUGAUAGAACUGGGCGAUUUGCUGCAUUAGAACGUUUAAAGAAUUUAAAAGGAAGCAAAAAUAAGUAUGAGUUAAAAGAAGAAACUCCAGUAUAUGAAGAAGUUGAUGAAUCUGUUUAUUCUAAACUUGUUCAGCAACGUCAGGAUGAUGAUUGGAUAGUAGAUGAUGAUGGUUGUGGAUAUGUUGAAGAUGGUCGAGAAAUUUUUGAUGAUAAUUUAGAAGAUGGCCAUGAAGAUGUUAAGAUUAAAAAGGAAUCAAGAAAAUAUAAGCCUCCACCUACUAAAAAGUCUAUUUCUUCAAAUAAACCAAAAGAUAUAAAAAGCAUGUUCAUGGCUUUACCUGCAAAAAGAAAAUCUGAGUCAAAUGUAAAAUUGGAUGAUGAUGAAUUACUUGGAGAUAUCAUACAGCAAGUACAUAAUAAAAAAGAAUCAGAAGAUAUAUUUAAACCAACAGUUUUAAAAAGAAAAAUUGAGUGUUCUGAAAUGAAAAUUACUAAAAGUCCUUAUAAUCCAUUUGUGAAAAAGAAAAUAAUGGACAGUGUUGGAGUCAAAGAAACUUCAAAUUACAUCCAAAAUAAUACAUUACCUAACAUGAGUUCAUCCUUACAGAAUGGAAUUCAGAAAUCAGCAAAUCAUCAAAGAAUAGAUUUUGAUGAUACAAAUAAUAGUAAACAGAUAAAAAAGUGCAAUAAUGAUGACAUUAAAAAUUACAGAAAAGUAAUAGCUGAAGAAGACGAUAAAGAAAUUUUAGAUGAUGAUUUAUUUGAUUUAGAUGACAUUACAAAUCUAGAAGAAUAUGAUAUGCAUGAAGAAUAUAAAAAUGAAAAUCAAGAUAAAAUGGAUUUUGAAGAAACAACUGUAAAUACAGAUACAAAACCUGAUGAUAAAAUGUGUUCUUUUCCAGAAGAAAGUACAGAAAUAAAAAACAGCAAAAGAAGCCAAUUACUAGGACUGACAACAACAGAAUGUGUUUCAUUACCUGAAGUUGUUGUAGAUUCUUCAAAUCUUCCUUUAACAUUCAAUACAAAUAAUGAAAAAAUUCUAAAAUUCUUUUGGAUUGAUGCAUAUGAAGAUUACUUUAAGCAUCCAGGUAAAGUAUAUCUUUUUGGAAAAAUUUGGUAUGAGAAAGCAGAUUCAUUUGUUAGUUGUUGUGUCACAGUGGAAAACAUUCAAAGGAAAAUAUUUAUACUACCACGUUUUAAUUGUAUUGAUGAUACGUCUGAAACUUAUGAACAAGAGGAAUCAAAAUUAUUAAAAGAAGUUUAUGUGGAAUUCAAGGAUAUUAUUGCAGAAAAAUAUAAAAUUGAUGAAUUUAAAACUAAGGUUACAUCAAAAUGUUAUGCUUUUGAAAAAAAAGAUGUUCCUUAUAAAGCAAAAUAUCUUGAAGUGAGAUAUUCAGCAAACUUUCCUGCUCUGCCUGCUGAUGUUAGUGGAAAUACAUUUUCUCAUAUUUUUGGUACAAAUACAUCCAGUUUAGAACAGUUAUUAUUAGAUUGUAAAUUGAAAGGUCCUUGCUGGUUAGAAAUUAAAUGUCCUGUUGUUUCAACUCCACCUGUAAGUUGGUGUAAAUUUGAGGUUUUAAUAUCCAAACCAGAAAAUCUUGUUUUGGCUACUGAAAAAGAAUUAAUCCCACCAGUUACAGUUCUUUCAUUAUCAUUACAAACAGUUAUAAAUCCAAAUAAUCAGCAAAAUGAGAUUAUUGCUGCAUCUUGUCUUAUUCAUUCCAAAUUUCCACUGGAUAAAUCUGCACCAAAUCAACCUUUUCAGUCUCAUUUCUGUGUAUUUUCAAAACCAAGCACUUGUGUGUUUCCUUAUGGUUUUCAGAAAUUAUUGCCUAAUUAUAAGAACACAAAAGUAGAUUUAGCAGAUUCUGAAAGAGCAUUACUUGGAUUGCUUUUAGCUAAAAUUUGUAAGAUGGAUCCUGAUGUUAUAGUGGUGCUCGAUAUACGUGAUGCCCUCACCUUCGUCACCGAGCACAAUUACUUCUGUUUCAAUCGAAAGAUCUAUUUGCAAAAACAAGGGGUCCCAAUGGGUUCCCCUUUAUCCGCUAUCCUAGCGGAACUUGUUAUGAGAGAGAUAGAGCGCAGAACGUUCGAUUUCCCGCUUGCCAUCCAUUACCCGAGACUGUAUUUGCGUUAUGUUGACGACAUCCUCAUAGCAUGGGAGGACACAGAGGAGUCGUUCCUCAUCUUCAUGCAACAACUCGCAAGUAUAUAUCCUUCCAUCAAUUUCACUUGGGAAAAAGAAAGGGAUGCGGAAGUAGCGUUCUUAGACUUGCAUAUACUAUUUUCAAAACCAAGCACUUGUGUGUUUCCUUAUGGUUUUCAGAAAUUAUUGCCUAAUUAUAAGAACACAAAAGUAGAUUUAGCAGAUUCUGAAAGAGCAUUACUUGGAUUGCUUUUAGCUAAAAUUUGUAAGAUGGAUCCUGAUGUUAUAGUGGGUCAUGAUAUUCUUGGCUUUGAUAUUGAUGUUCUUAUGCAUCGGAUUACAGUUAAUAAAAUUCCUCAUUGGUCACGUUUCGGAAGAUUAAAACGAACAGGAAUGCCUAAUCAAUGGUUUAAACAGAACAAAUCAAUUAUAGGAGAAAAGAAUGCUUUAUGUGGUCGUUUGUUUUGUGAUGUAAAAUUAUCAGCCAAAGAACUUCUUCGUUGUAAGAGUUACGAUUUAACUGAAUUAGUGAAGCAAGUUCUAGAUAAAGAUAGAAUAGAAUUGUCAUCAGAUGACAUUUUUAAAACAUACAAGAAAUAUUCCAAUAAUUCAGUUUUAGAAGUAGAUUUUUGUUUGAAAUUUUUUAAUUUUAAACAGAACAAAUCAAUUAUAGGAGAAAAGAAUGCUUUAUGUGGUCGUUUGUUUUGUGAUGUAAAAUUAUCAGCCAAAGAACUUCUUCGUUGUAAGAGUUACGAUUUAACUGAAUUAGUGAAGCAAGUUCUAGAUAAAGAUAGAAUAGAAUUGUCAUCAGAUGACAUUUUUAAAACAUACAAUUCAUGUGAAGAUCUAUUUAAGUUAAUUGAUUGGGUCAUGGGUAAUAAUGAAUCUUCGUUAAGAAUUAUGUGUGAUUUAAAUGUUCUUCCACUAGCUCUUCAAAUUACAAAUAUUGCAGGAAAUUUAAUGUCUAAAACAUUAUUGGGGGGACGCUCAGAUCGCAAUGAAUAUCUUCUACUACAUGCUUUUAAUGAAAAAGGUUUUAUUUGUCCAGACAAGAGCUUUAGCAAGAAAAGCAAUAAGGCUAAUCAACCAGAUGAGGAUGAUGAAAAUGUAAAAGUAAACAAAACUACUCGUAGAAAGCCAGCUUAUACUGGAGGUCUAGUUCUUGAACCAAAGAAAGGGUUCUAUGAUAAAUACAUAUUGCUGGUGGAUUUUAACAGUUUAUAUCCUUCAAUAAUUCAAGAAUAUAAUAUUUGUUUUACAACUGUAAAACAUGCUCAUUUCAACAAUGAUGAUGACCUAGACAAAAUUGAACUUCCAGAUUCAAGUUUAGAAGCUGGUAUAUUACCUACAGAGAUUAGAAAGUUGGUUGAAAGUCGUCGUCAUGUAAAACAGUUAAUGAAAAGUGAGAAGAACACUGAAGUGUAUCUUCAGUAUGACAUUCGUCAGAAAGCUCUGAAAUUGACAGCAAAUAGCAUGUAUGGAUGUUUAGGUUUUACAAAUUCUCGAUUCUAUGCAAAACCACUUGCAGCACUUAUUACAAGUAAAGGCAGAGAGAUUUUGUUACAUACUAAAGAUUUAGUUGAAAAGAUGGAUUUUGAAGUAAUUUAUGGUGAUACAGACUCAUUGAUGAUUAAUUCGAACACUACAGAUUAUGAAGAAGUUUUAAAAAUUGGAAACAGAAUAAAGUCAGAAGUAAACAAGUUGUAUCAUCAGUUAGAAAUAGAUAUUGAUGGAAUAUUUAAAUCAAUGCUACUUUUAAAGAAGAAAAAAUAUGCAGCUUUAGCAGUUUCUAUUACACCUGAUGGAAAACCUAUUACUAACAAAGAGUUGAAGGGUUUAGAUAUAGUAAGAAGAGAUUGGUCUGAGCUUGCCAAGAAAACUGGAGAAACUGUUGUUGAUGAAAUUUUAUCAGGCAAGCCACGAGAAGAUAUUGUUGAAAAAAUUCAUUCACAUCUAAUGAAGUUACAGUGCCUUAUGAAAGAAAACCAGAUACCUCAGUCAGACUUUAUAAUUACUAAGCAAUUGACAAAAAAUCCUGAAAAUUAUCCAGACAAAAAAAGUCUCUCUCAUGUACAAGUGGCAUUGCGCUUAAAUUCAAAAGCUGGUAAAAAGUUAAAACAAGGAGAUGUUGUUCCAUAUGUUAUAUGUGAGGAUGGCAGCAAUCUUCCAGCAACACAAAGAUGUUAUCAUCCAAAUGAACUGAAAAAUAGUGAACAUCUUAAAAUUGAUACACAUUAUUAUUUAGCUCAUCAGAUACAUCCUGUAGUUUCCAGGCUUUGUAAUCCUAUUGAAGGAACUGAUGCAGCUACCAUAGCAAGUUUUUUGGGCCUUGAUCCAAGUGCAUACAGGCAAACAGUUCAACAACAUGAAGAUGAUGAUCAGUUAGUAGGUAGUUUUAUUCAAUCUGCUGAAGACAAGUUUAAAAAUUGUGAAAAACUUUCAUUUCUGUGUCCAAAUGAAGAAUGCCACAAAGAAUUUCAAAUUGAAAAUGAUUUUGUUAUAAAUGCUUUAAAACUGAAAUAUGAACUUCCACAGUGUCCUAAUUGUGGAAUAUUUUUAAGUGAUUAUACUAAUACAUUUCGUAAUCAACUUGUUAAAAUCAUGCGUCAAUAUGUACAAAAAUACUAUCAGAAAUGGUUAAUAUGUGAAGAUCCUAUGUGUGCAAAAAGGACUAGAAAACUUCCACUUUAUUUUACUAAACAAGGUCCACUCUGUCAGUCAUGUAAAGAUGCAUGUCUUACUUUAGAAUAUUCAGAUUCUCAACUCUACAAUCAAUUAAUAUAUUUUCAACAAUUAGUUGAUAUUGAUCAAGCUAGACAAAGUUUAUCAUCCAAAGACAACAAAAUAUCUGAAGGAAUGAAUUCUGAAUGUGAAAAAUUUUUUAGAGGUUUAAAAUGUGAGACAGAAAAAUUAUUAAGAGAGAGUGCCUACGACAUUGUUGAUCUUCAAAAAUUAUUUAUUCAUUUAUAUUCACAAUAA